AUGCUCGCGCGCAGGAACGCCGAGGCACACGGGGCCACCAACGUCACCUUCGCUGCCCGCGACGCCGCGGACGGUCUGCAUGGUGUGCAGGCGGACCCCGACGAGACCGUCGUGCUCGUCGACCCGCCCAGGGCGGGCCUCUCGCCCGGGGCGCGGGCCGCGCUCCGGGGCCUGGGGCCCCGCCGGCUGGUCUACGUGUCGUGCGACUGCCACACGCAGGCGCGCGACCUGCGCGAGCUGACGGCGGGCGGCUACGCAGUGCGCGCGGUGACGCCGCUGGACCUGUUCCCGCAGACGCGGCACCUGGAGUCCGUGGUGGUGCUCGAGCGCGGCGCGGCUCCGCCUGCGCCCCCCGGCGCUGGGCGGGUGCAGCGGGUGGGGCCCCCGUGA